UCAGUCUUUCUAUGUUUGAAUGAUAUUUCCUUUUGUUACCGGAAUAUAUGUAUAAUACGUAUCAUUAAUUCAAGUGUCAUGGUUAAGGAAAGCGAGAAAAAGCAGGUGCGUGCAUGCUCUCACGAAAGUAAAGACACGCAAGAGAAUAAUCUCAAAGUGGACAAUUCCAUCCGCGGCAUAGUUAAUAGGACGCUUCUCCCGGGUCUCGCCAGUGAUUUUCCGGUCUGCGCGAGGAAAUGCGAGCGUGAGGCGUCAAUAUCCGGCGAGAACGACAAGCAUGCGGCAUUGCGACGUGACCGAUGGCAUGCCGAUACAUCGAUUCACAUUGUACCUUCUGGCGUUCACCUAAUGAUCAUGUCGCUAAUAUUCCGCGAUAUAUCGCGUUACUUCCUCUUUUUAAUGAGCGGCUGAUCGAAACAGCGUCGCGAGGCAGCUACGUGUUUAGCCUUUUUUCUAUUCGCAUAAAUAUAUUUUUCAAAGUUUCAC